AUGAUUUCAAGAAACAUAUAUAGUUUAUUCAGAAAAGCAAACUAAUAAUCUAUUAUAAGCCAAAACAUAAAAAAUUGGUUUGGAAGUGCAGUAGUAAAUCAUAACGAUCAUCAUGAUCAUCAUGGUCACAAUGAACAUCAUGAUCAUGGGCAUGAUUAAGAAUUGGUUUCUAUUUAUGGAUUUGACGAUGUUAAUGUGCAUGAACAUCAUGAUGAAACUGACCCUUAUGCACAUAUUAGAAAUAAACCCUUUUUAUCAUUUGAAAGAUUAUACUUUGCUGAUCCUUAUUAUAUUCCUGAUGAAGUAAAUCCUUUAAUGAAUGAACCUCAUGGCUAUUUAACAAACGAUGAUCCUUUAGAUACAAGACCUAACUUUGAAGUUUCCACUUUAUAAUUUUUAUAUAUUGCAUUAAUGGGUAUUGGUAUAACUAUAAUUUUCGGACAUCAAGGAUUAAAUAGAUAACGUCCUGCAGAAUUAUUAUUUAAUGCUAAUUUAACUGCUGAAAAUAUUGAAGAAAAAUUAAGAGAAAUUAGAAUUUAAAACUAAGAAUUAGAAAAUUAAAAAUCUGGAUUAAAUGAUGAGUUAGAAUCACUUUAAUGA